GUAACCACCUUCAACAGGAGAAAGAUAGCUAUCAUUAGUAUUCAUUCCAAGAGGAAAAUAAUAGGACUACAAACAAAGUAGAAAGAAGUAAGGAAGAGAGUUUUUCUUUUUUGUUUUGAAAGAUUUUGAAGAAGAAAAAUGACAACACCAAAUAGACCACAGCAACAGCAACAACAGAUGCAAAAAGUGAAAAACUCAGGAAUUGUUAGCGGCAAUGGCACCAGCCCAACAAAGGAGGACAAAGAAGAGGAGCUUUCGAGGUCUGCGCUGGCCAUGUUCCGAGCCAAGGAAGAGGAAAUCGAGCGAAGGAAAAUGGAGGUUAGAGAGAAAGUUCAAGCUCAGAUGGGAAAAGUUGAAGAAGCAACUAAGAGAUUGGCUGAUAUUCGCGGAGAACUUGAAGCACUUACAGAUCCAAUGAGGAAGGAUAUUGCAGUGAUUAGAAAGAAGGUUGAUUUGAUUAACAAAGAGUUAAAGCCAUUGGGGCUGAGCUGCCAGAAGAAGGAGAAAGAAUACAGAGAUGCUGUUGAAGCUUAUAAUGAGAAGAACAGAGAAAAAGCUCAACUAGUUGGAAAGUUAAUGGAGCUGGUGACUGAAAGUGAGAGACUGAGGCUGAAUAAACUAGAGGAUCUCAGCAAAAACAUAAAAGUUCUUCUGUAAGAUAUCAUAUAUGAUGAUCAAAAUAUAACCAUAUGGGGUUUGUGUGUGCUGUGUAUUAAAUUAGAGCCACUUCUUGGUUGUUGAUUUUUUCUUCUUCUUCUUCUUCUACCUGAUCCUGAUUUCUGUCACUGUAAUUUGUAUUUCUUUGGGUAAUGAAGAUUUUCUCCUCUAAAAAAAGGGUAUCCUUCAACAUUGAUUUUUCAGUUAUUAACACUUCAACUUCUGGGGAUUGCAAUGUUAUUGUAUAGUGUUAUGAUAGGUGUCUGUAA